GCAAGUCACGAUUGCCCCUCCGUCCGCCGUUAAGGCCCCGCGCUUGCUGAUGAACUGCUCCUCUCCUCACUGCCCGCCAAAAAAGUGGCUGGCUGCUUCCACUUGUCAAUCCAUUCCCAUCCUCCAGUAGAAAUCAUUUCUCAGAUCCCCCAAUUCUAUUUGAAUUGAAUAUUCAUUUAGGUUACUACUUACUAUCUAACUCCAAAUCUGGUUCUGCACAACAAAUAUGGCCGACACAUCCUCAUCCAUCCCGACUCCCCCGCACUGCACCGCCGAUUUCUGUUUGAUCCCAAUCGGCACCUCAUCUCCUUCCGUGUCCGCCCAAAUAGCCGAUGUUCAGCGCCUUAUUGAGAAAUCCGGCCUGAAAUACGUCAUGCAUUCAGCUGGCACCACACUUGAGGGUCCUUGGGAUAGAGUUCAUCAGGUUAUUGGUCAGGCGCAUACCAUUCUUCAUCAGCAGGGUAUCGUGAGGAUUCAGACGGAUAUUCGUGUUGGGUCGAGGACCGAUAAGGAACAGUCCUUUGAGGAUAAAGUGAACAAGGUCCGUGAGUUGUUGAAAAACGACUGAGGGGAUAUGUGCGUGAUACUCAAUCAAGUGGAUAUGCUCCGGCAGUUGCACCUUUCUUUACAUGCUAUCGCUGCUUAUGGACAUGGUGAAACGGUCAUAUCAGUUAGGUACACUGUGCAAAAUAUGAUAAUCAUCCGAACGC